AUGAACACCGGGAUAUUGUUUUUGCUUGUUUGUUCUGCGGCAUUUUUCGCUGGGCUGCAGUGCGCCUCGCCAAGGACCACAGCGGGGAUGGAUCCCCCCGCCGCCGGCUCCAGCAACAUCAGCAGCAGCAGCAGCGGCAGCAGCACCGGUGGCAACAGCGGGGAAAGCGCAGGCAAAAGAGACUUGAACCAAACCAUAAACUCCAGGCUGAAGAGGAAAACCCUCGCUGUGGAUUUUGCGGUCCCCUCUCUGUUGCGCUAUUACCUGGCGGAGUUCAUAAAGAGACCCCUGAACGGCGACUGCCAGACUUUUAGCGGAUGUUACACGGUGCGCGCAAACUUGAAAAUGCAUUGCAUACCUUUGCAGAAAACCAUAUCUACUUUUGUGGACCCCAAGUCCUCUACGGACUCAGAGCUGAGGAACGUGUCCUCUGAGGGACAGCUCCCCUUCUUCUACAAGCGGCCGCUGUCCAAAGUUCUAAAAUUGGGUUUGACGAAAGCGAGCAGGAAAUCAAACCAAGUAGUGGUGGAAAUAGGAGAGGAUAUAGUCAGGACGGGAUGCGGGGGGCUGUCUGUGUACGAGGAGGCCCCGGUGUUCACCCUGGAAAUGGACCUCACAACUAUUCUGGAGUGGUGGCUCGGCGCAGAGGGAGGCCGGCUCAGGGUGCGACUCAUGCCCGAGAAAAAGGCGCAGGUGCCCGGGAUCGAGGAUCGGUACACCGCGGCCAUACGCGCUGCAGACCCCCGCCUCUUCAUCCAGAUAUCCUCCCGGGGUGAGCCACUGGCUGGUAGGACUGCUGCUGGCAUUCCUAGAGGGUACUGGAGCUUCUCCUGGGUCGCUGAAGAUGACCUGAGCUUUCCCAGCAACUCCAUGCCAAUGUCAGAUCACAGAUGCCCCAGCAAUAGCAGAACAUGUGAGCAGCACCAGGAGGGUAUCCCAGAGUUCACAUGGAGCAUAGUGGCUGCCGGGGACCUGCGGGAGAAAAAUGAAAAGACAGGAAGUCCCCAGGGUUGGGAGGAAGGUAAGAACGAAGGUCAGUUCCUCUGGGUGAACAAUUCAGCCUUUGGGGGGCCCUGGGUGCUCAGUCCUUGGCUGUGGGGGGGGAAAGGUCCCUGUAGCCUGGACAUGGCCAUGUUCCUCCACCCCAGGCAAAGUGGGCAGUACACCAUAUGGCUCAUAGAGCGCGACAAACCGCCACUAGCCCUCUUCUCUACCGACACCCUCCCAAGCAUCACAGGCUGGGCAGUGGUCCACCUCACUCUGGGCACUCACGGAGGAUCGCCUUUUCGGGUCUCAGCCAGCUACGAUCAGCGGGUCCCACAGGAUGACACAGCCACCAUCGAGCCCCACUUCACCACCAACUGCACUAUGGCAUCCUCACCUGGUCCUAACAUCACACUGGAGGGUCAGUACAACUGUCACCAGGGACCUGGGAUCCCACUGGACAAACUGUGUGACUUCAGUACAGACUGUCCGCUCGGCGAUGACGAAGGCGACCUCUGUCGACGCUUUCUCAAUGGGAGCUACUGCUCUUUUGAAGAAGGCGAGUGCAGUUGGCAAUCAAUAAUGGGUCGCGGUCUCUCCUGGAGAAGAGUCCAGUCUCCCGCCAAGGCUACCAGACAGAGCUGCCCAUCCUCAGGUGCUACAUUCAGUGUGGAGGGAGGCCAGUUCAAAGGUCAGCGUGGCUCAGCAUUACUGAGGAGCCCUCUCUUCCCCCCUCCUCUCAGAAACUCCCCAUGCACGGUGCGGUUCUGGCUAUGUUCUGGAGGCUUACAGAAGGGGUCGCUGUCUCUGUGGAUAGUGGAGAACAGUACAGGCCCUGAGGAGCAGCGCAGACUGUGGCAUUCAGCCAGUGAACCCAAAUCUGAGAGGGGUUGGAAGCUCAUCAUACUUCCCCUUUACGCGCUGUCAGACUGGUUCUGGCUGCAGUUUAGCACAGAGGAUGGGCCUGGACCCGGUUCAGCCAUCUCUCUUGACAACAUCUCUUUCAGUAUGGACUGCUUCCUGGCAUCCAACGGCGAAUUCCCACCAGUGGUCACAAACACAACCAGGCUGCCGUUUAGACCGACUAUCAAGACUACAGCCACAUCCAUCGGAAGCCCUUUGAUGAACUUCCCCACCGCAGACUACUCCAAAAAAUGGAUUUUUCAUACCUGUGGGGCAGUGGGCCCUGAAGGCCCGACUCCCACUCAGUGCCUCAACUCCUACAGGAACAGCAACGUCAACGUGACAGUAGGCACCCGAGGCCCCUUCAAAGGCAUUCAAAUGUGGCGCGUCCUGGAAACUGGCACCUACAGGAUCACAGCCUACGGUGCCGCUGGCGGUCGUAGUGUAUUGGCCAUGAGCAGGUCACAUGGCGUCUACAUCACCGGAGACUUCCUGCUGAGGAGAGGAGAUCUGCUUUACAUCCUGGUGGGACAGCAAGGAGAAGACGCAUGCCCCAAUUCCAACGCUGUACUGAAUAAGAUCUGCCUGGAACAGAGUAGCCCAAUGGUGAACAAAACCCAAGUGAAAGGGGGCGGAGGAGGAGGUGGCGGUGCUACAUAUGUAUUCAAGGUGGAGAAAGGAGUGUACAUGCCCCUCAUCAUUGCUGCUGGGGGAGGAGGCCGAGGCUACAGCAGCCAAUCAGAAACCCAGCUGGAGCAGAUGGACUAUGACCCCAGCCAACCUGGACACAAUGGGAAGUCAAACGCAGCAGGUGGAGGUGGAGGUUGGAACGAUAGUGGUCCUGUCAGUCAGGGCGGCAGACCACUGGUGCUGGGGGGCCAGGGUGGGCAGGCCUGUCAAAAGUUCUGGCAAACCCGUGGCGGCUUCGGGGGCGGCGGGGGUGGCUGUAUGUCUGGAGGUGGCGGCGGAGGCUACAGAGGGGGUAACACCUCCGUAGAUAACAACCCCAAACAUGAUGGUGAUGAUGGCACCUCUUUCCUGGGUCCAGAGGGAGAGCCCUUCCUCUAUCCUCUGAAAGCUAUGGAGGGGGACGGUGAGGUGAUCAUCAGUCCGGUGCAGAACUGCAGCCACUGUGAGAGCGGUGAAUGCCACGAGACCAAGGACAGUAUCGUCUGCUUCUGUGAUGAUUACCUCAUCCUGGCACCAGAUGGAGUGUCCUGCAUCAACGCUACAGAGGUGUUCCUGCUGCCUCCCCAGCCGUCUCUCUCCCACCUGGCGCUGGGUCUGUCUGUUGGCACCUCGGCCCUCAUCGCUGCCCUGCUGCUGGCUGUGUCCGGAGUCAUGAUAAUGUAUAGGCGUAAACACACAGAGCUGCAGUCUAUACAGCUGGAGCUGCAGAGUCCAGACUGCAAGCUUAGUAAGCUGCGGGCCUCCACCAUCAUGACUGACUACAACCCCAACUACUGCUUCGCCGGCAAGACGGCAUCAGUCAAUGACCUGAAGGAAGUGCCGCGACGCAACAUCUCCCUCACCAGGGGUCUGGGUCACGGUGCUUUUGGUGAAGUGUAUGAAGGGCUAGCUGUGGGGAUACCAGGUGAACCAAGUCCACUGCAAGUGGCAGUUAAGACCCUUCCUGAGGUUUGCUCAGAGCAAGAUGAACUGGACUUCCUCAUGGAGGCUCUAAUCAUCAGUAAGUUCAGCCACCAGAACAUUGUGCGUUGUAUAGGAGUGAGUCUGCAGGCCAUGCCCAGGUUCAUCCUGCUGGAGCUGAUGACAGGAGGAGACCUCAAGACUUUCCUGAGGGAGACCAGACCCCGACUGGAGCACCCAUCCAGCCUGACCAUGGUGGACCUUCUCAACGUGGCCAGAGACAUCGCUAAGGGCUGCCAGUAUCUGGAGGAGAACCAAUUUAUACACCGGGACAUUGCAGCUCGGAAUUGCCUACUGACCUGCAAAGGAACGGGCCGCGUGGCCAAGAUUGGAGAUUUUGGGAUGGCUCGAGACAUUUACAGGGCAAGUUAUUACAGGAAGGGUGGUCGUGCCAUGCUGCCAGUGAAGUGGAUGCCACCUGAAGCCUUCAUGGAGGGCAUCUUCACAUCUAAAACAGACACAUGGUCAUUUGGGGUUCUGCUGUGGGAGAUCUUCUCAUUGGGCUACAUGCCAUAUCCAAGUCGCAGCAACCAAGAGGUGUUGGAGUUUGUAACCAACGGGGGAAGAAUGGACCCACCUAAAAACUGCCCUGGGCCAGUGUACCGUAUCAUGACUCAGAGUUGGCAGCACCAGCCUGAAGACAGACCUAACUUCUCAAGUAUCCUGGAGAGAAUUGACUACUGCCUACAGGACCCUGAUGUGGUGACCAUGCCCCUGCCUAUAGAGUAUGGACCUGUCCCUGAGGAGGAGGAACGUGUACCCGUGCGCCCUGAUGAUCCCUCUGCUCCAACCGUGUUGGUAAACGCCCAGGUGCCUGACGGGGAGGCUCCACAGCCGCCACCCUCCUAUCCCACAGAGGAGAACCAGAGAGGUGGGGAACACACUGUCAUCACUAGCACAGCGUCAGAGGCCAAAGCACAGACGUCAGCCAGCCAGCCAUACCUCCACCAGCACCAGCAGCCUCACACACAGACCUCCAUCACCAUGACAACCACUAACACAGUCACCUCCACAGCCACGUCUACACUCACUGCCAAGGGACCUCAUGUCAUAACCCAGCCCAGCCCUGAAGGGGGCCACAUCAACCUGGCGUUCACUCAGGGCCACGCACCAGAGAAGGAGGGCCACAACGGGAAGAGCACCAGUCUCUGGAACCCCACGUAUGGCUCAUGGUUCCUGCAGCAGCAGCAGAGGAAGCAGCAGCAGCAGCAGCAGCAGCAGCAGCGGCAGGGAGGGGUGGGGGGAGCAGGAGGCAGCAGUGGCAGGGUGCCAGGUGAGGGACAGGAGCAUGUGGGCCGGACGGUGGCUGAGGUGGCAGGGGCGCUGGGUCUCCAGCACCAGCACAAGCAGUUCCAGCAUCAGCUCCAGCAGCAACACCAACUCCAGCUGCUGCACCAUCAGCAGCAACAGCAGGGUCUGUGUAGACCUCUGUUACCCCCACCACCGCCCCCUGCUGCCCAAUCACCUCUGCUUUUAGAUUCAGCCGCUUUGCCCCCAGUUCCCCUCUACAGACUGAGAAGAUUCCCCUGUGGGAACAUCGGCUAUGGCUACCAGGAGCAGGGUCUACAGCUGGAGACUACCCACGGCAACCCCAACCCCCCUCCUCCACCUCCUCCCUCUCAACAGGGCACCUCCAUGCCCCCUUCAGCAGCUCACCAGAGGGGGACCUCUAUUCCCACAUCUGUGUCCCUGGGUCGGUCGGGUAUGUCCGAGGACAGCCGUCCACUGCUUGUCACCAUGGGGACAGUGCAGGACCCCCGGCUGCCCAGGAUGGAGGGCCACAACGCCACUGUGCUUUAGCCCAAAUGUCUAUACUGCUGGUCUUUUUUUCCAGGUCCUGUCUUUGGAGAGUGUAAGUCCAGGACCCACAGCAGGAAACACUGUGUCAGGACAGAGAUUGUUUUACACCACCCCUACCGCCCCACCCUUUUGGUUUCUUCCUCCAGUUCAGACAGAACCCAUCUUGCUGACAGAGCUGGAUGAGUCCAUCAGGCUUUUCUUACGAGAACCUUGGAGGGUUGGCAAAGCACAUCAGACAAAUAAAAACCUUUGGGAGGCAAAAUGUAGAGUAAAUGAUAGUUUUAAGAGUUUAAAAAUGUAUUUUUUCAAUGCUGGAGGGAUCAUGACUGAGUGGGAAUACUGAGAAUCAAAUGAAGAGUUUAUGACAACAGAAGACGAGCGGUACUGACCAGGAGUGACGAGUGUUCAUCAACAGCUGAGGGUGUCUCUUGUCUAGAGAAUGGACUAUCAGGAGGAUUCAAAUCUCUAUAUUUUGCCAGACUUAAAACUUUGCGUCACAAACUUUAGUGACCAGUUUAACUUUAGCAACUGUGACAUUGUCUACAGCUGCCAGCCACAUGUGUCAGUUCUACUGCAGAACCCUCACACUGUUCCCUCUCCACAUCCUUUUGGAAAACAACAGCGUGGUAAAUAACUUGUAUCAGACUAUUUUUCAAGAAUAUCACUGAAUUGGACACUGGAUUACCAGAGACGUUUCUACUAAAAAAAAUACUGGGAAAAAUGUGUUUGUUGAUGUUUGCUUGCCUGCUUGUUUAUUUA